GGGACUUAACCGGGAAAGAGAACGUGGGCACCCGCCAAUCAUGCACAGCACUCGCCCCUCAUUGGCCCGUCGUUUUGAAUAAGGUGGGACUUGACACUCACCGUGUAAGCUACUGUUGAAAUUCCAGUGCUAACCAACUUUAGCCAGCUUGCUAACAUGUAAUUUAGCCAAUUGUUAAGAACUGCACACGGCGGUGUUCUGGAUUUAAAUGCAUGCACGAUAUUUCAUGUCAAACCGAGGAAUGCUGGACACGUCGUCUUGAUGUUCGCUGCUGCGCGUGUCUCCGUUACCGCAACCAGGACAUGUCCAGUUAGCCGGAGCGCAGCGAUCGCUGGAUAACGAACCUGGCAAGCUAACCCAAGCCAGCCCGUUCGGGGACUGGGUCUGCGUUGAGGGGAAUUGAAAAAAAGGUUUUCUUCGCUCAGAGGGACAGUAAAGCCCGGAUGCUGUGACUACUACCAUGAGUCCCGCAGGCUGCCCCCAUGUCAACAGCUUCAAAGUGGACAACUGGAAGCAGAACCUGAGGGUUAUCUAUCAGUGUUUCGUGUGGAGCGGUUCAGCCGAGACCAGAAAACGCAAGGCCAAGUCAUGUAUCUGCCACAUGUGCGGCGCCCACCUAAACAGACUCCACUCCUGCCUCUACUGCGUCUUCUUCGCCUGCUUUGCCAAAAAACACAUCCACGAACAUGCCAAGAGCAAAAGGCAUAACCUAGCUAUUGACCUGCUGUAUGGAGGAAUUUACUGUUUUAUGUGCCAAGACUACAUCUAUGACAAAGAUAUGGAGCAGAUCGCCAAAGAGGAACAGAGGAAAGCCUGGAAACUGCAAGGGAUAGGGGAGAAGUACUCGACAUGGGAGCCCACCAAGAGGGAGCUGGAGCUUCUCCGCCACAACCCCAAGAGAAGGAGAAUCACCUCCAACUGUACUAUUGGCCUGCGAGGUUUGAUAAACCUCGGCAACACGUGCUUCAUGAACUGCAUCGUCCAGGCGCUGACGCACACCCCACUGCUGCGCGACUUCUUCCUGUCCGACCGGCACAAAUGCGAGAUGCAGAGCAACUCCUGUUUGGUGUGUGAGAUGUCACAACUCUUCCAGGAGUUCUACUCAGGCCAUCGGUCGCCGCACAUCCCCUUCCGUCUUCUCCAUCUGGUGUGGACUCACGCCCGUCACCUGGCCGGCUACGAGCAGCAGGACGCCCACGAGUUCCUCAUCGCGGCGCUGGACGUCCUGCACAGACACUGCAAAGACGACAACGGGAAGAAAGCCAACAACCCCAACCACUGUAACUGCAUCAUCGACCAAAUCUUCACAGGGGGCCUGCAGUCUGACGUCACCUGUCAAGUCUGCCACGGCGUUUCGACAACCAUAGACCCGUUCUGGGACAUCAGCCUGGACUUGCCGGGCUCCUCCACCCCGUUCUGGCCCCUGAGCCCCGGAGGAGACGGCUCAGCACUUAACGGAGAGAGUCACACCACUGGAGCCACGACACUAACGGACUGUCUGCGCAGGUUCACCAGGCCGGAGCACCUCGGCAGCAGCGCUAAGAUCAAGUGCAGCGGUUGCCAUAGCUACCAGGAGUCCACCAAGCAGCUGACCAUGAAGAAGCUGCCCAUCGUGGCCUGCUUUCACCUCAAAAGGUUCGAACAUUCGGCCAAACUGCGGCGGAAGAUAACAACUUACGUCUCCUUCCCGUUGGAGCUGGACAUGACCCCCUUCAUGGCCUCCAGUAAAGAAAGCAGGAUGAACGGGCAGUACCAGCAGACCGUGGACCCCUUCAACAAUGACAACAAGUACAGUCUGUUUGCAGUGGUGAACCACCAGGGGACACUAGAGAGUGGCCAUUACACCACCUUCAUCCGCCAGCACAAGGAUCAGUGGUUCAAAUGCGACGAUGCCAUCAUCACCAAGGCCAGCAUCAAGGACGUCCUGGACAGCGAAGGGUACCUUUUGUUUUACCACAAACAGUUCCUGGAAUAUGAAUAGCUCCCUCCAUCGACCUGCACGAGGAGACGAGCUGCGAUGCAAGGAUUACAGUAGUUGCAUGGGCAGUGAUGAGCGAGGCACAAACACAAACCUACCUGAAUCACCCCGUUUAGUCGCAGCUCUCACUCUAACACAGAAUCCCUCUUUACCACACACUAAUACUAGCUCCACUGUCCGACACGCAAGAGAGAACUGUCCGCUGUGCAGGAGUGGAGCAAAGAAGAAAUGCAAGAACCAAACAAAAUGCAAGAAAUUUGGAUGGGAGAUUUGUACGAGCCCCUGAAGGAAUACUGCAAACGUUUUUCACUUGAAUUCAGGAAAUGAAGAAGAAAGUCAGCUGUGGUUAUCUUCCGUAAGAAAGAAAUGACUGCAGAAUAAUUUUUCUCUGUUACAGGGGGUUUCUUUAAACCCUUAGUUUUCCUGCGGAAGGUUUUACUUCACCACAAAUGCUGUUCCUUACCAACAUCCUGUUUCAUGCUAGCACUGCUGCAUUUUAGUAACACCUGAAAGCGCUAAGAAGAGAGUGGCAGCGAAGAAGAGUUCAUUUUCUUUCGCCAAACCAACACAAGCACACUUGUUCGUCCCACACUCCUCCAAAUGACCAAAUAUAUAUCAAGGACGGAAGUUGUCUUAUUAUGCAUUUUUGCUCAGAAUGCAAUGAGUGUGGAGGAAAAAAAAAAAAAGCUCACCUGACAAAUGGUAUUAUGAACUUUGUAUAGAGAGUCAGUUAAUUCCAUUCAUUACUUGUGAGGUGUAGUUGUCAGACACUUUCUAGGAGACCGAGGACGCAAAUGAAAUCUGUUGUUUUCUGGCCUGUCAUGCUGCUUCCAACAGUCACAGGGGGGAAAUAGAGUACACAGUGAAUAUUAUAUUUUUAUACAUACUGUAAUUAAAAUGUUUGUUUACAGUUUUGCAUUCUCCCUAAACUGUCACAUUGUUCGUCUUGUGUUACAUCGUGCUGUCAGUCAUGUUAUUUGUACACACGAAAGGCAAAAUAGUGUUGAUAACUUUCAUUAAACCGCCGCUAAUGGCGGCUAAAUGAACUAUUAUUAUUUUAUCCCCAAGAUUUAACCGUAAUCUGGCUACUUUUUAUCUAUUCUUUUGCGUUACGGGGGCAUAUUCUCUAUGUUUGAGAUACGUUGUCGUGAUGUCGUUUCAGGUAAACGGCGAAAAGAAAACUGAAACAAAAGAGGAGAGCAUAAUUCUCAGUAAAGUGUGCGUGUGUGUGUAUAAUUAUGGAAGACUAUUGCUGCCAGACCAGAAUGAGAAAAAAACAAAUAAGUAUCAGGUUACGACUUGAAAAGUUAAUUGAUAUGAAUUGACGUUUUAACAAGGUAUUUCAACCUUUCAUACAAACUACUCUCCUUAUAAGAAGACAUUUUUUCUGGUUAUAGCAAUAUGCCAUUUGUGUUGUAACGUGUAACCCGUCAUGAUACAACAUGUAACAACAAAAUGUUUCAGAUUACAAAUGUGAUAAUUUAAUAUUGGUGAACAUAUACACGAGAAUAGUUUGUUAAAACGUGAGCACAUCUAGUUAUAACACUUAACCUUUUCACUUUAUGCCAUGAUACCGAUCUGUUUUUUUUUUUUUUCGUGCACGUCAGCAAUGGUCUUCCAUACGUAAAGGGUCGGCUGUUUGAUCCUGCAGUGUUAACCGUCGGCCGCAUGUUGCUCUAAUUCAGCGUGUUUGUACAUGUGCGUACACGUGUAUGUGCCCGAGAAAUGGGAGGGGGUGGGGGAGCUCAGUGUGUUUGUGUAAAAUAUGUUAUUGCGGAUUUAAACGAAAAAAAAAAAGGAAGUGUGUGUGUGUCCCUGUUUGUAUGCACGUGUGUUGUGCGCGUGCGUAUGUAGCGUAUGUUUCGUGUACUGAAUCAGUACUUGCAUUCAGCAUGCCGUCUGAGCUGGGUAUCACAGUUUGAUGGGAUUUUUUUCCACAUGUUGAUGACGUAUGUAAAAGUAUACAUGUACAGUUUGUAUGUAAGAGACAAAUGGUGAAACCUCAAAGUUGAAUAAUUUUUUUUUUUUUUUGUGCAAGUCGUUCUUCUCUGUUGCUGGAUCCGAAAAAAAAAACAAAAAACAAAAAAACGGGGUCAUAAUCAGAAGAAACUUGUCCUGACCCGGUCAGUCAUUCCUCGCACACAUAUGUAACUGCUGCAAGAACUGGACACGGUGACUGAGAGACACUCAAAUAAAGAAAAAUUCUAUAUCUGUAAA